AAUCUGUGGCUGCCCCAUCCCUGGAAGUGUCCAAGGCCAGGUUGGAUGGGGCUUGGAGUAACCUGGGCUAGUGGAAGGUGUCCCUGCCCAUGGCAGGGAGUGGGACUGGAUGAGCUUUAAGGUCCCUUCCCACCCAAACCAUUCUGUGAUUCUGUGACAAACUAUAAAUCUCUCUGUGCUGCCUCAGACUUGGAGAAUGAUGGUUGUUUAGGGUUUGGCUUCAUUUGGGAUACUUUUCUCAGCCAUCACAGCUCCCUCUCACUUGUGCACAUUUCCAGUGAGCUGAAUUCACCAGCACAGAAAUAAAUGGUUCUGUGAACCACAACUAUACAAAGAAAAAGUGGUAGAAGUGAUAUUUGGCUUCAAUUCAUGAUGCAAACGUGAAGCCUCACGUAAGAAACCCUGUUUUGUGGGAUUCUUUUUGGGUUUUACAGGUACAUUUCUACGUGUGAAGCUCCCUCACACUUCCCGUCAGCGUUGUAAUCAUCAGGUUUCCUUUUGGUUACAGAGGACAUCUUAAAUCAUGUUUAGGAAUACAAUAGAAAGCAGGUCUUGCUUAUCUUUUGGAAAAAUACCUGGAGUGGUAAUUUACCAUCUGCUAAUGUCUUUAAGAUUAGCAGUUGAAAGCCUGAAACUUAGUCCCAAAAGGAGGUAAAAAGUUUAUAAUCCAGCUCAGUAGCACUUAGGAAAUGAGCAGAGAGAUUAAAUCAGGAAAUUUAUCUGAUCAGUAAAAUGAUGUUUGCUAAUAGCUCUUUGUUAUGGCUUGGGGACGGUAGAGAAACUGGCAGAAAGGGAGGGAAAUGCUCAGCAGCAGGAAUGUGAAAUCCCAUUGCUGCUUUUCGGCAAAACAGGAUUAUAGGAUCACAGAAUGGUUUGGGUUGGAGGGACCUUAAAACCACACAGCUCAGCUCGUCCCAGCUUCUGCUUCUCCUUCAUCCUGACCGUCACUGCCUGGAGGUGCAGCCUCAGUGUGCCCAAAGGGAUUGUUCCAGCCUUGAAAUCCCUAAUAUCUUGGUUGUGUUUUGGGUUUAUUUUUAGUGUCUGAGAAAUAACUGAUACACGUGAGGUAAUUGAGCCACUAAUCUCACUGUGUUCCUGCAGUGUGUGGCAGGGCUGGGUUUUGAUUGGUGUUAACCCAACAAUAGGAGUAAUGGUAGUAGGACCUUCAUCCCCUGUGUCAGAAUAUCUUGACAGAUAAAUCAAGGAAUUGGGAUCAUGCAGCUGUUUCCAGAGACUAUGAAUUCCAGUGGUACUAGCUGCAACUCCCAAACAGUUGGUUAAAAUCAGACCUGCUUCACCACAAAUUUAAUUUUAGCCCUAUCUUGGAGAUUUCUAAACAUUAUUGAGUGUUGCUCUGGUCAUAACUUGAACCUCAAGUUUGAAAGGAAGAGCUCAGGCAAGUGAGGAUGGCACUGGUGUGGGAUGAAGGCUGGAGCUCUCAGCAUCUGCCAGGGCUUGGUCUCUUCUGCUCUGCUGAGGCAGCAGCUCCGUGGCUGGUCCUCAAAGAGAAGGAGCACUGGAACAGGAUGUCCAGGGAAGUGAUGGAGUCACCAUCCUUGGAAGGGUUCGAAAAACAUAUGGAUGUGCCACUUGAGGUUAGUGGUGAACACGGUGGUGGUGCUGGGUUGACAGUUGUAUUUAUGAUCUUGGAGUCUUUUCCAACCUUAACAAUGCCACGAUUCUAUGAUGUGUGCAAAUUUGACUCAUCUUUACAUCCCCAGUUGUUGGCACCACGUGAAGAAAGGUGGUUGUAGUGGACCAUUAUUGUAAUAAAGCAGAUAAGAUCCACAUCCCUUCCCAGCUGUACAAGAGAGAUGGCAGGGUUUUCCUGCUAUUUAGCAAUGGAAUUUUAUUUUCCUUUGCUGCUUUAUGUAUAAGAAAGAUAUUAAACCAUUAGAGAGUGUCCAAAGGAGGACAUGAAGAUGGUGAAGGGCCUUGAGGGGAAGCCGUGUGAGGACACUGAGGGCACUUGGUGUGUUCAGCUAAAGAAGAGGAAACUGAUGGGAGACCUCACUGCAGUUCCAACUGCCUGGGCAGGGGCAGAGGAGGGGCAGGGACUGAGCUCUGCUCUGGGGGGACCAGGGACAGCACCCAGGGAAUGGCUGGAGCUGUGUCAGGGCAGGGUCAGGUUGGAUCUCAGGAAAAGGUUCUUUCCCCAGAGGGUGGUUGGGCACUGACCAGGCUCCCCAGGGCAGUGGGCACAGCCCCAAGGCUGCCAGAGCUCCAGGAGGGUUUGGCUGAUCCUCUGGGGCACAGGGUGUGACUCUUGGGGAUGGGCCUGUAUAGGGCUGAGGGUUGGACUGGAUGGUCCUUGUGGGUCCCUUCCAACUCUGCAUGUUCUGGGAUUCUGUGAUCUCACUUGAGCUUCCAUCCUCAGGCCUGGCACUGAUCACCAGGUGCCAUCGGUGCCCCGGCCUGGCACUACCAUGGCGCUGUUCGAUAACCUGUCGUGCCACCACUCCAUCGACGACUUCCGGAACCGCGUCUACUCCUCGCUCUACUCCAUGAUCAGCAUCAUGGGCUUCGUGGGCAACGGCGUCGUGCUGUACGUGCUGAUCCGGACGUACCGGCAGAAAACGGCCUUCCAGGUGUACCUGCUGAACCUCGCCCUGUCCGACUUCCUGUGCGUGUCCACGCUGCCCCUGCGCGUCGUCUACUACGUGCACCGGGGGAACUGGUUCUUCGGGGACCUCCUGUGCAGGGUCGCGUCCUACGCGCUCUACGUCAACCUCUACUGCAGCAUCUUCUUCAUGACCGCCAUGAGCUUCUUCCGCUGCAUCGCCAUCGUCUUCCCUGUCCGGAACAUCAACCUGGUGACGGAGAGGAAGGCGAAGUUUGUCUGCGUCGGCAUCUGGAUCUUCGUCACGCUGACGAGUGCGCCCUUCCUGCGCAACGGGACGUACCAGCACGGCAACAAGACCAAGUGCUUCGAGCCCCCGGAGAACUCCCACAAGACGAACCUGGUGGUGAUCCUGGAUUUCAUCGCCCUGUUCGUGGGUUUCAUUUUGCCCUUCGUCGUCAUAACCAUCUGCUACGCCAUGAUCAUCAGGACCCUGCUGAGGAACUCCAUGAGGAAGAACCAGGCGAACCGCCGGAGGGCGGUUUGGAUGAUCGCCAUCGUGACGGCCACGUUCCUGGUGAGCUUCACCCCGUACCACGUGCUGCGCACGGUGCACCUGCACGUGCUGCGCCUCAGGAGGGCCAGCUGUGAGGAUGCCAUUUACCUGCAGAAAGCCGUGGUGGUGACGCUCCCCUUGGCCGCUGCCAACUGCUGCUUCGACCCGCUGCUCUACUUCUUCUCGGGGGGCAACUUCAGGAAGAGACUGACCACGCUGAGGAAGGGCUCCUCCUCCAGCUUAUCGCAGGCCUUCAAGAAAAAGUUCUCUGUGAAAGAGAGAGAUGAGGAACCCUUUGGAGAAAGCCAAAGGGAGAAUGGAAGGGAAGCUGUGGCCUCUUUGGCCUCUUCAUAAGGAGGUUAGACCUUCCCCCGAGAGAUCUCAGGGCAUUGGAGAUCUCAGAACACUUCCAGGAGACCUGAUGGGGACUUGCAAGCCUUCAGUGUAAUUAAAUAUGUCAUAAUGACUGUGGACAGUUCAUGGCUUGGUGGUAGAGCCCCUUCCCUGGGAGCACUGCUGGGACAUCCACAGCCAUGUAGGACAGAGAAACCACCACCAGAACAGUGUUGAUCUGCUGACAAACUCUUCAAAGCCUGUGUUUGGGCACUUGCUUCGUUUCACAGCUCUCCCCAGAGCGUUAAUUCUCCGAGCCAGUGGGAAAUGUAAACACAGUUUGCUGUUCAUGGCACUCAGGGAGCUCCUGACGAACAACCAGGGCAGAGUUUUCACUGAAUCUUCAAACAGCUGCUAAAUUAUUUAUACAGCAGAGCCCAGGAUAAUUCCAGCCCUGCUCCAGCUGCCUCUGCCUGGGAUCUCAGUUCUCAUGAUGGUGAUGUGUGUGAGACUCGCAGGGUUGGUACCUGGGUCUGCAGAUCGGGAUGGGCCCCUCUCCCACUCCCAGCAGCAGCUUUGGUGGGCAGCAGAUUUGCCAGGAUUUUCUGAAUUGCUAGAAAAAUCUUGUUUUCAAAUUGCAGUGUCUUACUGUGGGGGAUAAACUUAGAAUAAGGAUAACAAGGAAACUUAUUUCAGUGUGACUGGUCCUGUCAGACUGCAGGGUCUGGGUUAUCACUCCAGUUCCUCAGGAGGUUUUGGGUAAAAGUGGAGCUCUGGCUGCUCAGAGUCCAGUGCAGGAUCAGGUUCACCUUUCUCAACAUUAAUCAAGGUUUUUUAAAAAGCUCUAUCUAAUAUUUGAUCCUGUUCCAGAGUGUUCACCUUGCGGAAAAGGCAACCCAAGGCUCUUGGGAAGAGCUCUAGGAAAAGCUGGAGAUCCAGAAUCUGAAUCUGGAUGAGAAAUCUGCUGAAAAAACACUGGGCUGUGUUCCUUCUGUAAAGGAAAACUUCAAACCCUUGGCCAGAAGGAAACAUUCCUGUAAUUUUCCAGUGAAUCCCGCAGGAAGGUAACACUCCAGAGCCUGGCUGGGGAUGUGCAACCCAUCAAGACAGAAAUAGAAAUUCUUGUAGGAUUAAAGCUCUUAGUUGGAAAAGUGGUUGAUAAACGACCAGCGAGUAUGUUUGGAUUUGGUAUUUCUGAAGUUACUUGAUGUUAUCUCGAGUAAAGAAAACAGUUUCAGUAGUGAAGAAUAA